AUGUGCUCUUUGGUGCUUGGCUGGGAGAAGGAAAAGAGCUGGGUGAAAAUCAGUGUGCUGGAGGAUGCUGAGGGAGCCAGGGGGAAGGUUACAAAGCAGGGGGUGAAAUCAGAUAUCUUGCUCACCUUUUACCUGACCAGCAUCCUGAGCAUCUGGUCUACAAAGUUCUGUUUCUCUGAGAUGGUGGAAUAUGUGGAGGUUGCCAAAGUCUUUGAUCUCCUGUGUCAUCCUGUAUCUUCUAUAAAGCUCAAGCCAGAUGCCAUUGUUCCAAGGCAAAAGCAUCAAGGCCCCCCCAGGAUCGCCGACAAAGUGAUUCACCGGCAGUCCGUGCGGCUGGGCAGGACCAUCAAGCUCCUGUGCCCGGUGGAGGGCGACCCCCCGCCCCUCACCAUGUGGAUGAAGGACGGACGGACCAUCCACAGCGGCUGGACCAGGUUCCGCAUCCUCCAGCAGGGGCUGAAAAUCAAGGAGGUGGAGAGCGAGGACGCGGGGACCUACAUCUGCAAAGCCACCAACGGCUUCGGCAGCGCCAACGUCAACUACACCCUCAUCGUCAUCGAUGAUGCCAGCUCAGGCAAGGACAGCCAGGUGCCUGAAGGCUCCCAUGGAGAAUAUGAAGACCAUUCUGGGAAGCAGUGGGCCCGGCCCAGGUUCACCCAGCCUGCCAAGAUGAGGCGCAGGGUGAUCGCCCGCCCCGUCGGCAGCUCCAUCCGCCUCAAGUGCGUGGCCAGCGGCAACCCCAGGCCUGACAUCACCUGGCUGAAGGACAACAAGCCCCUGACGGCCCAGGAGAUUGGGGAGAACAAGAAGAAGAAGUGGACGUUGAACCUGAAGAACCUGAAGCCGGAGGACAGCGGGAAGUACACCUGCAGGGUGUUCAACAAGGUUGGGGAAAUCAACGCCACGUACAAAGUGGAAGUGAUCCAGAGGACGAGGUCCAAGCCCAUCCUGACGGGGACGCACCCCGUGAACACCACGGUGGACUACGGCGGCACCACCUCCUUCCAGUGCAAGGUGCGCAGCGACGUCAAGCCCGUCAUCCAGUGGCUGAAGCGGGUGGAGUACGGCACGGAGAGCAAGUACAACUCCACCAUCGACGUGGGCGGGCAGAAGUUCGUGGUGCUGCCCACGGGGGAGGUCUGGUCCCGCCCAGACGGCUCCUACCUGAACAAACUGAUGAUCACUCGAGCCAAGGAGGAGGACGCAGGGAUGUACAUUUGCCUGGGGGCGAACACCAUGGGCUACAGCUUCCGGAGUGCUUUCCUCACAGUCCUGCCAGACCCCAAGCCUCCCAGCGCUCCUGUGCCCCCUUCCUCGGCCAGCAGCCUGCCCUGGCCCGUCAUCAUCGGCAUCCCCGCCGGGGCUGUGUUCAUCUUCGGGACCAUCCUGCUGUGGCUGUGCCAGGCCAAGAAGAAGCCGUGCCCGCCCGCGGCCGCGCAGCGCCCGCAGCCCCGCGAGCGCGUCUGCGUGGCCCCGCUGCCCGACAAGGACUGCAUCUCCUCCAUCAACUACGAGGAGUACGUGGCCCAGCAGCAGCAUUUACUGUCCCAAGGGCCCGCCCUGGCCCCUGCCAUGGCCUCCAAAAUGUACCCAAAGAUGUACACGGACAUCCACACCCACACCCACUCGCACGUGGAGGGCAAGGUCCACCAGCACCAGCACAUUCAGUACCAGUGCCCGGGCCCCCCCGCCGCCGCGCAGCGCCCGCAGCCCCGCGAGCGCGUCUGCGUGGCCCCGCUGCCCGACAAGGACUGCAUCUCCUCCAUCAACUACGAGGAGUACGUGGCCCAGCAGCAGCAUUUACUGUCCCAAGGGCCCGCCCUGGCCCCUGCCAUGGCCUCCAAAAUGUACCCAAAGAUGUACACGGACAUCCACACCCACACCCACUCGCACGUGGAGGGCAAGGUCCACCAGCACCAGCACAUUCAGUACCAGUGCUGAGGGUCGUACUUUGGGUUUUUCCUCGUGGUACCUCAGCAGAGACUGCUUGCACUGCCAGCAACGGGCAAAGCAACA